UUUGUAUAGUGAGCAGCUCUUGUAAACAGUUGCUUCAUUUAAACAAUAAGAUUUAACUUUACCACUACCUCACCCCUCUACUAGACUGUGGCUUCCCUCUUCCCAGUGGGGCUGACAAACAUUGGGUGAACUAUGGCUUUUCUCAUGAAUCAAAUGUUGGGUGAUAAGUUGAAGAGUUUUACCGGAGGAGGAGUUGAAGAUAACAGCAAAGCAGGAGCAGAUGGCAGGGAAACAGCAGAGUCCAAAGGCAUGUCCAGGGAGGAGCUUGAGGAGUACCAGAGGCAGCUGGUGGACGAAAAGAUUCAGCGUGACAAGGACUUUGCCACAAAGAAGGCGAGAGCAAAUCUAAGAGUAGCGCUGAGAGAUAAAUAUCGACUUCCAGAAAGUGCCCAAGACAUUGCUACAGUUCAGAGGGCAGGAGAAGACAUUGGUGUGCCAGAGGACCUCACAAAAAUGGUGGAUGAAGAUGAGGAAGGCGAUUCAUUCCUUCAAAACAUGGAUGUGGAUACCCUGAAAACCAAGGCCCAGGCCACAGUGACGGUGAUGAAGCAGAGAGCAAAGGAGAAGUGCAUCGUCACAUGACUGUCGCAUAAAGACAAUAAAUUCUUUGAUUUGUCAUUAAAAUUCACCAUACGUGCACUGUUC